AUGCCAUCAGCUCCAUAUUCCAAAUCGCAGCUGUUUCUGCAUGAAUCUGUAAGCGAGCCGAAGCCACCGCUCGUCAAUCACACUGACAAGACAGCCAUCACCACACGAUUCUCGCAGAUUUCAAGUAUCAUGCUCCUGGCCGGUACGAUCCUAAUAAUGUUCAGCAUUAUCAGUCUGCCCGGCGCGUUCGCCGCCGCAACGUUACCCCCGGUCUCCUCAUCUACGAAGAUUUCGAGGAACGUAGGAGAGCUAGUGGACAAGCGAAUAGAAAGCAAUAUUCAAGAGAAAUGGAAAGCCAUCCGGGCCGGCGUCAUCACCAAGGAUCCUGGCAGCCCCCGAGCCACCAAGGUCAAGGUCUUCAAGGAUUUGCCUCAGGAAGGAAACAAGAUCAGUCGAGUGGCACAAGUCGAGGCCUUGGCAAGCUUCAAGCUGGCACGUGGCCUCUCCCUCACCCGAGACGUCAAGAGCUCCGAGUUGGUCAUCUCCAGAGCAAAGAAAGAAGCCUUCAAAGCCAUAGAACAAGUCGCGAAAGAAAGAUUGAAGGCACGACCUGGUUUAAAGCUGAGUUGGAAGAGUUGGCCAUAG